AUGAUGGUGGCUCUGCUCUGGGCAGGGGCUGCCGUCGACGCACAAUCCAGCGGAUGCACCAGCGUCCUCAUCAGCAUGGCCCCCUGCGUCAGCUACGUCACCGGAAGCUCCGCCGCUCCGUCGUCCUCCUGCUGCUCCCAGCUCGCCAACGUCGUCCGCUCCAACCCGAGGUGCCUCUGCGAGGUGCUCGACGGCGGAGCUGCUUCUUUGGGUGUCUCCAUUAACAAGACGAUCGCUCUGCAGAUGCCCGCGGCGUGUAACGUGAAGACCCCGCCCGUCAGCAGGUGCAGCGGCGGAGGAGGAGAUGCCCCGGCGAGCGCUCCUGCGCCAGGUGAUGGGGGACCGGAGACGGGUGGUGCCGGCGGCUCUUCUUUCUCCGGCGGGUGGAACGUUGUGUUGCUUGCCGUCAUCAUGGGGAUGUAUUGUCGGAGAGUAUAAGUGGUGAAAGGAGAUCUCAUGCAUGGCAGCUAAUUAUAGUGUGGAAGUCUUGUUUUCUUUCUUGCUUUCUUUCUUUCUUUCUUUCUUUAUGUUGUGUUGUUGGUGUUCAAGUAUUCUCUCGACAUUAUUGUCGGUUUGUGUUGUUGCUUGCUUCAAUAUGUGUGUACGUCGUACGAUAGGGGAUGGAAUGAGUGACUUGUGAAUUCCCUCCUAUCGUUAAUGUUGUGUUUGUGUUGAAAUAAAAAGAAAGAUUGUUGUUGCUAUAAUUUGAAUUCGGAUUGUUGUCGUCGAAUGAAAAUUACUAGAUUUCGUCUACGUAUGCU